AUGCUUGACCUGACGUCAAGAGAUGCAGUGAGCUCCAAUCAAGUUCGAGCCCAACCAGCAAACGAUUGGUUGGAAACACCCGUGUGGUGUAUUCCACACAUUGAAUGUAAAAGUGGUCCACCUACAACAAACAGUUGUGUAUAUUUGGUGUAUUCUACUUUUUAUCAACAGACCCCCCCAUUCCUCAUGGCGGACUUUUCGCUGAGUGAUAGCUCGGCUACGUGGCCAUCAGGAGGUGUCAACGAUGGCAAGCGCCCGCCACUGCCCACGUCCUUUCGACCCGAUAAACGUGGUCGCGCAGCUAAUGAUAGCUCUGCGUCCGUGGAAGUGAGCGGUCCAGCAUCUUCCGGUGGACGAUCUGGGAUAUCAACCGACGAAUUGUCUCAUUCAGCCAGCUGGAAGUCGUCAACAUCGUCUACGGAUGGUGCAUCGGGUGAUGUAAACACGGGAAUUUACACACGCGUAUAUCUUAAAGUCAAGGCACCAAGUCGUUUGGGCGAGACAGUGCACUGCUCUGGCUCGUCCUUUAUUAUGGGACACUUUAAUCCAAACGAGAGUAUGACACUUGUCACGACGCCUGACGAAUACCCAUACUGGAGGACAGUCAAGCCCAUGAUAUUGCCGCAAGGCGUACCGCAUCAGUACAUGUACGCGCUCUUUUCAGGUGGAGUUUUCAGCUCUUGGGAACAGAUUGAACAUGAGAGAGUAUUAAUCCCCGAAGGACGCGAAAUGCUUGUAGUGGAGGAGUAUGGAAACUACACUCAAGACAUGGAGCUUCUUCCAACUGGCGAGCGCAUCGAACGCUCACUGGUUUACGAGCGGCGAAGAGACGAAAGUUCUGCAAAGUUACAGGAUAACGUGUUGAAAGACAUUUCAGCUACUGUGGACGAAAAUUUAAAAGGAAUGGAAGCCACAGUGGCAGUUAGAGCUCUGGACGAGAAGGAUAUGGUAGACGCAAGAUCUCCACACAGCAGCGUAGCAGGUUCACCCAGUCAAAGAUUUCGUCAAUCUAUAAAGUUGCAGAGCCGAUAUAAACGAUACAUUCCAUCCAGUUACCGUCCAUCGCCAGAUGCCAUGCUGUUUUUAGUGUGUUACCAUCUACCAGUCAAACUGACUAAAUCGACGGAUGAUGGAUCAUGGACUGCUACUUGGAAUCGUGACAGUUUAAUUUCUAGAAGUGACAAUAGUAUUGCAGAAAGUGUGAAUACGACGUGGAUUGGAUGUGUCACGUAUCACGCGCGAAGCGACCUCGAGGAGCUUUCAGAGGAUGACAAAACUGAAAUUACAGCAAUUUUGGCCGAUAUGAGCUGCAUUCCAGUAUUCAUUGACCGCCAACUAGCUGCAAACCACCACGGUGGAUACUGCAAGAGUAAAUUAUGGCCCAUGUUUCACAAUGUAGAUAUUUUGGACAUUUACUAUUCAAUCUGGGACCGUGCCGAAGUAAUUGAAUGGAAAGAAGAACGUAAUAAUGGAGAGUGGUGGGAUGCGUAUCAGGAAGUAAACAGGUUGCUGGCAAAGCGAGUAGGUGAGCUAUGCAAGGAGAAUGAUACGGUGUGGGUGCACGACUACCAUUUACUAUUGUUCCCGUCAUACCUUGCGAAUAUGUGUGGGAUCGCAAAACGCAAACGGCCGAAUAUGGUCUUCUUUUUGCACGUGCCAUUCCCUACCUCUGAGGUCUUUCGCGAACUUUCUCAUGGUACGCAAUUGCUAGAAGGCGUGCUGGACGUAGAUGUUGUUGGGUUCCACUCGUUUGAUCAUGCGCGUCACUUUCUAAAUGCCUGCAAGCGGUUUUUAGGACUAACCUACCAAUCUCGACGCGGUGGCAAUCUUGGGGUGGACUAUCAUGGCCGUAAUGUGGUCAUUACAAUAAGUCAUGUGGGUAUCGAAACGACGCUUAUACGGAAAGUUCUAAAUGAUCCGGACGUGCAAGAAGCUGCUCGCAAAUUGCGGGAUAAGCACGCAGGCAAAGUACUUAUCGCCGGUGUCGAUGUUUGUCAAAGACUGAGUGGUAUUCCACUUAAGAUGCUGGCGUUUGAACAGUUUUUUAGCAACUGCCCGUCUUGGAAAGAUAAGCUUGUUUUUGUAGAACGUGCGACAUUGACGCAAACGAGAUUGGGUGAUCAAAACUACAGUAGCAACGAAAUUAGCAAGUUGGUGAAGCGAAUUACUAAGGCUCACGGCCCAGGGUGUAUAGACUACGAGGAGUCGUCCUCACCACUUACGAUAGAGGAACGUGUGGCGCUGUGGCUUGCCAGCGAUAUUUUGAUGGUAACAUCUAUUCGCGAAGGACUGAACCUCAAACCACUCGAAUUCGUGUUUGCAAAGGGUGUAAAUUCGACUGAUCGACCGGGCGUUGUCAUUUUAAGCGAAUUCUCAGCGUGCUGUUGUGUUCUAAACGGUGCUGUGCGCGUAAAUCCGUGGAAUAUCACAGGGCUUGUGAACUCGUUGGACAACGCGUUGACAAUGAGUAAUGAAGAACGACUUGGUCGUCGUGCGAGAGAUUUACCGUAUAUUACGAAUCAGCCAGCCGCCAAUUGGACAAAGCAAGUGCUGUCUGUUCUUCAAGAGGCAACAGAGAACUCAGCAGGAGACGAAGAACUCACAAAUAUGGAAUACAUGGACACAGAAAUAGGCCGAUCUCACGUUGUGCGAGUGGGAGAUCGACUGGACUUCAAGCAACUGAACAUUGACAAAGUCAUCGAGGCCUAUAUGCAGUCCAAUCGACGUAUGUUUUUGCUUGGUUAUGGCGGCACCGUUGUUGCUCGCGAAAACAUUGCCAUGUACGUUAAAAAGGAUUUUACUGCCGUGACAGGUAAACGACCGUCUUCUACCAUGAUGGACGCUUUGAAGAAUUUGUCUAGCGACUCACGCAAUUCAAUUUUUGUCGUGAGCGGCGUGACUAAAGCAACUCUAGCUGCGUCUCUUGGACACAUUCCUGGCCUUGGUCUGGUGUCUGACAACGGCGCGUGGUACUCAUGGGCGCAAUCAACAGGCGGUGAUGAUACAGAUGACGUGAUGAUGCAGGAUAGUGGCAAUUCCAUCGAACGCCGCUGGCACCAACCCAAUUUUAAGCUUGACUGGCGUCCAGUUCGAGAGGUGGUUGAUCCGAUUUUAAAAGUCUAUUGUACACGUACAAAUGGCAGCGUCCUACGAUAUGCACAACAAAGUAUUGCAUGGAAUUUUCGCUCUACAGAUCCGGAAUGGGGACUGUUGCAAGCUAAUUCAUUGCAAAGUGACUUGGAAGAAGUUAUCCGUGAUCUUCCAGUUACUUUGAUUCGUAAAAAAGGCUUGUUGGAAAUCGUGCCUGAGGGGCUAAACAAGGGUAUUGUGGCCCGUCAGAUCUUAACGCAAGACGUGACGACUGGUCACAGUCAUCCAGAUUUUCUCUUUUGUAUUGGAGACGACACGACAGAUGAAAGCAUGUUCAAGGCAAUUUACGACUAUUAUGCAGAGCGCACCGAGGAGAGUGUGCACGGACGUACCGCUGGUACUUAUGAGGAUCACGUUACUGCUACGGACGAUGGUCCACUUCACCACGUUUUCACAUGCACAGUAGGCAAAAAACCCAGUAACGCACAUUUGUAUGUCAACAACGUGGACGAGGUCGAGCUGCUUUUCCAAGCACUGGGCAAAGCAACAGGCGAGGUGCGGUGA